UACACUGCGCGAGUACUACGACUAGUGUAGUACGAGUACGACGAGAUAACUUUUUCAUUUUAUUUCGUCAGGUUAAAUAAAAGACUAACAAGAUGGUCAAAGAACAGUUCAGAGAGACGGAUGUCGCGAAAAAAAUAAGCAAGGUUUGCUUUGGGUUGAUGUCCCCAGAACAAAUCCGUCAGCAAGCACACAUUCAUGUAGUCAGCAAGAACCUCUACCAGCCAGAUAAUGCUGCAAGGACACCUAUCCCCUAUGGGGUACUAGACCAUCGCAUGGGAACGAGUGAGAAGGAUAACCCAUGUUUGACUUGUAAAAAGCCUCUGGCUGAGUGCUUAGGCCACUAUGGCUAUGUGGACUUGGAGCUUCCAGUCUUCCACAUUGGUUACUUCCGAUCCAUCAUCAGCAUUCUCCAGUGUAUCUGCAAGGACUGUGCGCAUAUUCUCCUCCCUACUGCUGACCGUCAGUCAUUCCUGGAUGCCCUGCGCAGACCCACACUGACCUACCUACAGCGCAAAGGCCUGAGGAAGAAAAUCAGUGACAAAUGCCGCAAGCAGCAGAACUGCCCUGCCUGCAUGGCAUUCAAUGGUCAGGUCAAAAAGUGCGGCACCCUAAAGAUUGUCCAUGAGAAGUUCAAGAGCACACGUCGAGGCAGAGAAGGGGCAAUGGUUCAAUUCUUAGCUGACGUGGACAUUGCUACACAACACAACAAGGAUUUGGAGCCAUUUCUGUCUAAGGCACAGGAAUGCCUGAACCCAUUGACUGUGCACAAUCUGUUCAAGAGAAUCCCACAAGAGGAUAUUCCAUUGUUAGUGAUGGAUAGUGACAGCAGUCGGCCACAGGAUUUAAUCCUGACAAGAUUACUGGUACCACCGCUCUGCAUUCGGCCAUCAGUCAUCUCAGACCUCAAAGCAGGAACCAAUGAAGAUGACCUGACAGUUAAACUGACAGAGAUUAUCUUCCUAAACGAUGUGAUAAGGAAACACCAGCAGGCGGGUGCCAAGAUGUCCAUGAUAAUGGAGGACUGGGAUUUCCUGCAGCUUCAGUGUGCCUUGUACAUCAACAGUGAAACAUCAGGCAUUCCUCUUAACAUGCAGCCUAAGAAAGCCACCAGGGGUUUCUGCCAGAGGUUAAAGGGCAAGCAGGGUCGUUUCCGUGGUAACCUGUCAGGAAAGCGAGUGGAUUUCUCCAGUCGGACAGUGAUCUCUCCAGACCCAAAUCUGAGAAUUGAUGAGGUUGCAGUACCUGUGCACGUUGCCAAAACUCUGACUUACCCAGAAAAGGUGACCAAAGCCAACAUUGGCUUGAUGAGGAAGCUGGUUGUGAAUGGCUGUGAUUUGCAUCCUGGAGCUAACUUUAUUCAGCAGAGACACACCAAUAAUAAAAGGUUUCUGAAGUACGGCAAUCGUCAGAAGACUGCACAGGAAUUAAAGUAUGGAGACAUCGUUGAGCGACACCUGAUGGAUGGGGAUAUCGUCUUGUUCAACCGUCAGCCAUCCCUGCACAAACUCAGCAUCAUGGCUCAUUUUGCUCGUGUGAAACCACACCGGACAUUCCGCUUCAAUGAGUGUGUGUGCACCCCAUACAACGCUGACUUUGAUGGAGAUGAGAUGAACUUGCAUCUUCCGCAGACUGAAGAGGCCAAGGCAGAGGCCCUGACACUCAUGGGGGUCAAAUCCAACUUGGUGACCCCACGGAAUGGAGAACCCCUGAUUGCUGCAAUACAGGAUUUCAUCACAGGAUCCUAUUUAUUGACUCAGAAAGACGUGUUCUUUGACCGUGCCAAGGCCUGUCAGCUAAUAGCCAGCAUGCUGUCACAGGCUGAUGAGAACUUGAAAGUCAAGCUACCUGCCCCGGCCAUCCUAAAGCCAAGAUGCCUGUGGACUGGCAAGCAGAUCUUUGGGAUAAUCAUCAAGCCCAACGAUACAUGCGGAAUCAUCAUGAACCUACGCGCCAAGGCUAAGAACUACUGUGGCAAGGGACUGGACCUGUGCUUCAAUGAUUCAUAUGUUGUGGUGCACAAUAGCCAGCUGAUGUGUGGUGCAAUGGAUAAGAGUGUCCUAGGCUCAGGCUCCAAGAACAACAUCUUCUAUAUCUUGCUACGAGACUACGGGGAAUCCUACGCAGCCGAUGCCAUGAGCCGCUUAGCACGUCUCUGUCCAUUCUUUCUCAGUAAUCGAGGAUUUUCCAUUGGUAUUGGUGAUGUAACUCCUGGUGAAGGGCUGGUAUCUGCCAAGAUGGAUCUCCUUACAGCAGGAUACACCAAGUGUGAUGAGUACAUAAAUGAUUUGGAGACAGGGAAACUGCAAACCCAGCCAGGUUGCUCGGAAGAAGAAACACUAGAGGCAAUGAUACUGAAAGAGUUGUCAGUCAUCCGUGACCAUGCUGGGAAAGCCUGCUUAAAGGAACUCCACAAGAGUAACAGUCCACUGACUAUGGCAGUGUGUGGAUCCAAAGGUUCGUUCAUCAACAUUUCCCAGAUGAUUGCGUGUGUCGGCCAACAGGCCAUCAGUGGCCAUCGUAUACCCAAUGGGUUUGAGGACAGGGCCUUGCCACACUUCAAACGCCACUCUAAAGUACCAGCGGCCAAAGGCUUUGUGAAAAAUAGCUUCUACACUGGACUGACACCGACAGAGUUCUUCUUCCAUACCAUGGGCGGGAGAGAGGGUCUUGUAGACACAGCUGUCAAGACUGCUGAGACUGGCUACAUGCAGAGACGACUUGUCAAGUCCUUGGAGGACUUGUGUUCUCACUAUGAUGGCACGGUGCGUAACUCCAUGAGUGACAUCAUCCAGUUUGAGUAUGGAGCAGACGGUCUGGACCCAGCCAUGAUGGAAGCUAAGGACAAACCAGCUGACUUUGACAGGGUGCUGCAUCACAUCACGAGCAAAUUUUCAUGUCGUGAGGAGUACACCAUGAGUAGUCAGGCACUGCACUCAGAAGCUUAUGGAGUCAUUGAUGGCAGUGAUUUCAAGAUGUGUAGUCCAGACUUCAGACAAGAACUCAAGUGCUACAUAGACAGUGUGUGUGAGAAGAUUCGUACAUGCCGGGCCCAGUGUGGACUGAGUGAAGUCCAACAAGAGAGAAAUGUCCUCUAUCAACUGGAACGCAUCACUCCCACUCAGCUACAGGAGUUUCUGAGCAUGUGCAGAUCCAAGCACAUGAGGGCACGCAUUGAGCCUGGUACCGCGGUGGGAGCAGUAGGGGCACAGAGUAUUGGGGAGCCUGGGACCCAGAUGACCCUCAAGACUUUCCACUUUGCCGGUGUGGCCUCCAUGAAUAUCACCCUGGGUGUGCCUCGCAUUAAAGAGAUUAUUAAUGCUUCCAAGAACAUCAGCACACCUAUCAUCACAGCUCAACUGGACAUUGAUGAUGAUGCAGACUUUGGCAGGCUUGUCAAGGGACGGAUAGAGAAGACGAAACUAGGAGAGGUGUCUGAGUUCAUCGAGGAAGUCUUUCUACCAGACAACUGUUUCAUUCUCAUCAAACUCGACAUGGAUCGUAUCAACUUGCUUAAGCUUGAAGUCAAUGCAGAAUCUGUCAGGAUAUCAAUCUGUGCUUCCAAACUCAGAGUCAAACAUCAGAAUGUGGAGGUGAUUUCUGCCAGCAUGGUGACUGUCAUGCCACAAGAGACCAGCAAGAGCUCCAUGUACUAUACCCUGCAGUUCCUGAAGGAAAACCUGACAGAUGUAGUCAUACAGGGAAUUUCCAGUGUAUCCCGUGCUGUAAUCCACAUUGAUGACAAAGGUAGUAAAGCUCUGUACAAGCUGUUGGUAGAGGGCGACAAUCUGCAGGCAGUUGUAGCAACAAGAGGUGUUAAGGGUACUACCACAACAUCUAACAACACAAGUGAAAUGGAGAAAACCUUGGGCAUUGAAGCUGCGAGACGGACAAUUAUUGAGCAGAUUGAGUACACCAUGGUGAGCCACGGAAUGAGCAUAGACCACCGACAUGUUAUGCUGCUAGCUGACCUCAUGACCUACAAGGGUGAGGUUUUAGGCAUAACUCGCUUUGGUCUUGCCAAGAUGAAGGAGAGUGUCUUGAUGCUUGCCUCGUUUGAGAAGACAGCUGAUCAUCUGUUUGAUGCAGCUUACCAUGGACAAAAAGAUGCAAUAUGUGGUGUGAGUGAGUGCAUUAUUAUGGGAAUCCCAAUGAACAUUGGCACUGGAAUCUUCAAACUUCUUCAUAAAGCUGAGAAGAUAAGCAGUCCUGUUCAACGACAGCUGAUCUUUGACAACCCAAAUUUCCAUCUCCCAGAAAUGGCAUCAUGAGAUCAUAAAAUAGACUGGUCGUCAGGAGGAACCUUAAAAACCAUCUCAAAUAUUUCAAACAAAAAGAAGAACAAGACCAGUUCAUACAAGGGAAUGUAAAUUCAAGUUGACAUCAAUAAAUAGUUGCAUCGAAAUAAGAGUAUGAACUGGCCUUCAUCAAA